ACUAACUUUGUCAAUGUGUACGUCUGCGGUAUUAUAAGUUUGUUACCGCAGAAAUUAAUUAUUAAACAAUUACAUUUUAUUUGUGUGGUGCGAUAGAAAGUACAAAACAAAGAAAAUAAUUAAUAUAGUCAUUUAUUAAUUUGGCUCUUAAGCAAAAUCUGUGUUGACUACCAAAUAUUUCAUUUAUUAUUUUAAAUUUGCUUGUAGCAGAGAUAUCUUUUCAUAUAAAAAAUAUACUAUUUGAAGUGAACUUUAGACUGGUUAGUUCAGUCAACUAAUAAGUGAGAGGCCGAUUAAGUUGUAUAAAAAAAAAAAAACCAUUUUUAUUAGCAGUAUAAAAAUUAAAAUAUGAUUAAUGAUUACAUACUGAUUACGUCUUAUCAGUAGUGUACUUUGCAACAAACUCCAGUUAUUUCAAAAAGUUGUCUUCAAAUAACAGGUUUACUUUAAUAACAGAAAACAUCAAAAUGUCAAUUAAAUUAUACUAUGAUUUGAUGUCUCAACCAUCAAGAGCGUUGUAUAUAUUGCUUAAAACAGCAAAGUGCAAUUUUGAACCAAAAUUAAUUGAUUUGCGUCGAGGAGAACAUUAUUCAGAAGAAUAUACAGCAAUUAAUAGAUUUCAGCGAGUACCUUUAAUUAAUCAUGAUGGGUUUAUAUUGAGUGAAAGUGUGGCAAUUAUAAAAUAUUUAGCUCGAGAAAAUUUGAUACCAGAGAGCUUGUACCCAAAAGACUCUAAAUCACAAGCUCGUGUUGACAAGUUCUUGGAGUGGCAACACAUUGGAUUGAGACUACACUGCGCUAUGUAUUUUAGAGCAAAGUAUAUGGAUCCAAUUUUGUUUGGUAAACAACCUGAUGCAAAAACAAUUGAGGGUUACACUAGAAGAAUGGAGUCAGCAUUGGAAACUUUUGACACACAUUGGCUGAAUAAUGGCACAGAAUUUGUAGCUGGCAACACUAUCACUGUGGCAGAUCUUCUGGCGGCUUGUGAAUUAGAGCAACCGAGAAUGGCUGGCUACAAUCCGGCGGAUAAUUUUGAUGGUAUUUCAAAAUGGUGGAAGAAGGUCCGAGAUCAUUUCAAUCCUCACUACGACGAAGCGCAUGUUAUUUUAAAUAAAAUUGUCAGUAAACAAACCAAAUCAGCCGCUAAGUUAUAAAACAUAAAACUAAUUUUGACAUGUUUAUGUUUUUAUAAUAAUACAGAUUAAUAUAUGAUGUUAUUGUAUAACAUUGCUUGUUACACUUGUUAAAUUGUGAAUUAUGUUAAAUUGUCGGUGAUCAUGUAUUUUCAGUUCAUAAUUAGUUAAUAAUGAUUAUAACCAAUAAGUCAAAUAAUAAAUAAAUCAAAAGAGGAGAGGAGGCCUUUAGCCCAGCAGUGGGACAUUCACAGGCUGUUACGGAAGUCAAAUUGAGUCACAAACGACUCUGCCUAUUUUAAAAGCAUUUCAUUUGCUUAGCCUGAUAUUAACCUUCGUUUUUAAGGGUGGGUAAUAAAGGGUUUUUAAUUAUUUUUUUACUGUAUAAGUUUUUAUUAUAUAAGAGUUUGUGUGAAAAAAAAAUUGCUGUUAACGUUUACUACUGAUUAAAUAUUUUAUAACAAUU